GGUCUUGUCGACCAAUCCCGGCGGCGCGUUGCGGAACACGCCACGAACGCUGGGCGCGGCUGGUUCACUUGAAUUCGAAUUCGUCCGUUCGUCCGCCCGUCUCGUGGAUCAGCUCGCGCGCUGCCUCGGUGCUACAGUAUCCGGUAUGCCGCGCGCGCCGGGCCUGCCCGGGAGAUUAUGAAUCGACGACGUAGACUCGUUCUCGGGGCCUCGCGAGGUUCAUAAUUGGAGGACACGAGGGGGGUCGAAGGAUUCUUCGUUCUUGCUCUCUGAGCUUCACCCCGUUCUAUAACUUUCUUGCCUGUCUGCUUUCGAUGACAGAAGAACGAUCAUUUGCAUGAGAGUCACAACACACGACCCUUACCUGCACGCUGACAGAAAACAAUUUUCUUCUGAUUAUAUUGAAUAUAUUUUGGACGAUGUUUUUCUCCAAUCAUCUUCUUUGCAGAAAAGGUCCUCUUGGACAAAUAUGGAUAGUAGCAACGAUGCAAGCGAAGCUUAACAGGAAGAAAGCUGACCAGAUCAAUAUUCACGAAAUAUGUAUGCAGGUACUCCAGCCUCAAGUACCACUGGCGUUGCGGUUGUCUGGAAUAUUAAUGGGCGGCAUUGUCCUAAUUUUCGAUCGAAAGGUGAAGUUCCUGUAUGAGGAUGUCAACGAUUUCCUGGGCAAGCUGCAGACUGCUCUAGACACCAAGGCUCGUGUAGAUAAAUACAUAUCUUUACCCAGAGAAAAAUUACAUGCCAGGUUUGAGACUGUUACGAUAUCAUAUGACUAUGAAACUUUUGGUGACGUUGAGAGAGCAAUGCUUCACCCUGGUACACCUGGAAAAGAGGAGGAAUUUAUGGAUAAGGAGGAGUAUGUUAUGUCUACAGCUGUGGAUCCGUACCAACAUUUGAGCAGUAGUGGGGAUAAAGUCAGCUCUGACGUUCCAAAUAAUUUCCAAGUAAGCAGUGAGGAUAUAACUUUGGAAGAAAGAAACUUGAGCGAAAGCCUUCACCAGCAUUACGAGGACUUUGGCAUGAAUUUUCAAGAGGAUCGCAUUCCACCUUCUGAUAACUUUUUUAUGGACCACUUUUUCCCUGAAAUUCACGUAACAGCCGACAUUCCUACUCCGCCAGAAGUGUCCUCUGCUCCAGUACAUAGUGAAAGAGAUCUCGAUUCAAAGGCUGUGCAUACAGAAGAACGGAGUGAUAAUCAAGCAGAUUGUAACGGAACCGGCCCUCAGCACGAAGGCAAUCAAGCAGAUUGUAACGGAACCAGCCCUCAGCACGAAGGCAAUCAAGCGGUGGAGCUUGAAUCGGCAGAAGUCGAAAACAAGAAACAUAAAUUGCGCAAAGUUCGAAGUGCUGGCGCUAGAAGAGUUAUUUUCGAUCGAGGUUACAUGGAAAUUCCAGCUUCAGUAUUUGAAGCAUGGCUGCGGGACAGCUCAGAUAUCCGCGGACGCCAGUUUCUUGUGGGUAUAGAUCCCGAGGUAGCAAGAACUCGGAGGCAUCUCAACCUCCCUUCAGUAUGCCUCCUCUCUCCGACUUGUAUCCAGGGGCUAGAAACAUUCUGGCCAGCUAAACUUGCAAAUGUCUGGGAACGAACAUUAACAGGAAACGAUGCACCUCCUACAGAGAAAGUCAUCGAAGAGCCUAUUCCAGCGGUUCGUCAGGGAGAGCCUGUUGUGCCACUCGAUAAGAAUUUGCGGGGUUCGGUUCAGAGUUCAGAUCCAAGCAAUCAAAGUUACACGGCUGCAUCCCAGGAUACUUCGUCUCCAAAGGCGGAAGAUCCUACCAUAGACCCAGAGAUAGCCGGAGACUUCACCGCAGAUUUUAUGGAGGUUAAUCUCAAAUCUGCUGAAAGAGAAAUGGAUAACGGGCCUGGCGAACUCCGAGAUUUUGGUUCUGUAGAAAAACUCCGUACAGCUCUACAAAGUCCUAGUGCCGGCAGCGAUGAUUUUUGGGGCAAUCAAUUCGGGCUUACUCCAGGUCAAAAGCAGGGAUAUGUCCGUUCCGAUAGAAGUAGAUCAACACCUGGCUCCGGUAUACUUCCUCUCGACAUGGAGAGAGAUCCCCCAACAGGAGGCUCUGGAAGAUUCAAGAGACCAAGAUUAUCAGGGUCAUUUCGGAGCUCUUCUCCUCGAAUUUUUGACAACUCCUCACCCGGUCUAGAUAGUGUAGGCUGUGCCUACUUCUCAAACCUGGGAGGAAGUCUGCAGACCACAUUAAGUCAAUUUGAUCUGAUGGAGGAAACUCAGCGAGAUACGCCUCAAGAAUUCAAUUUCCAUGUCUCGUCAGCCCUUCUUCAGUAUCUCAGGGAAAGUUUCAAGCAACUUGGACCUAGCUCUCUUGGAUUCAAAUCACUCUUUCAAUUAUCAGAAGGUCUGCGAAGAGAAGAGGCUGCAAGGUUGUUUUACCAGAUAUGUGUGCUUGCCUCGAAUCAUUUUCUCACGGUCAAGCAAAAUACACCCUAUGGAGACAUUCUUCUAGGUCGGGGCAUACACCUGUAAGCCCUUGGAUCAUUCUGUCGAAGAUACAGUAAGCCUCGGUUGUCCAAGAAAGAAAGAUAAAGAUAUAUAUGAGAUUAUGAACCAAAUUCUUCAUCUUUAAUAUGGUCAAGAGCAGGAGGCAUGAUUUUCUAAAAACCAUUUACGCAAUGCCUCCAAUGGUGAUCUUUGACACGAUUCAGAGCUUAUGAGAUCUUCAAUAUUAGCGGCCCAAUACUCUAUGGUCAACUUUAUUUCAAGCUAACGAGCGAUUUCCAGUACCGCCAGAAGCAUUCAUCAUGCGCGAUGUUCGAUGUUUUAUGAAAUCACGUCAGGCACAGACAAGAAUCCAAAUCUUUUUUUCAACUUCAUCUUUAAUCCAAGUGAAGAGCAUACAAUGACUGAAAUUUACAGUAUCCUUGAAUCAUAGAUAGAAAGUUGAUAAAUUUCCAAUCGUAAUCCAAGUCCAACCAACUUCAAUAGGUGUUUAUAAAUCCUUAACCAAAAUUACUUGUUAUUAUGAAGUUAAAGUUGUGAGAUCAGACUGUAAUAAUACCUGGACGUUUUGAAUGUCUCGAAAUUUGAUAUGCUCCUCUUCUUAAUUAUUGUGUAAGACGCAGUGCAUGAACAUAUUUUCUAGUUGUCAGGCACAGGCCUCCGAUGAGUCAAUUUCUGCCUGUUAGCUCAUAUCAGUAGGGCAGAGUUGAGAUGUGGACAAUAAAAAAGGGUAAAUGGAAACAGAGAGGGCCUAAUCGCGCAUGAUUAUUCAAUUGAAGAGGUGGUGGUUUUGGAGCUAGAGGGGAAGUGUGAAAACUGCAGCCCAUUCACAGACCAUAUAGCAAUCUAAUUUAGUCCAAAAGUAUGCUUACAUAAAAAGCGU